UUCAUAUUUGUCAAAACUCAAAAUAAACGCUAAUACAUGCAAGUGCAAUAACCUCACAAUUUUUAAAAAAUGCCACUAGAUUACAGAAGAUUUAAUGGACCAGAGGACAGUAAAUCAUAUAAGAGAUUUACAAGUGAUUAUUUGCGAACAUACGAUGAACUUCUGAAAGAAUUGUUAGAUAAAAAUGGAAAAAGAAAAGACGGGCGCGCGAUGGAUGAAGCGCGAAGUUUGUGUAUGUUCUUUGCCAGGACCGGUAUGGUCUCACAAGCGAAAGGUUCCGCCUAUGUAGAACUUAAGAGAACCAAAGUUGUUUGUUCUGUUUUCGAUCCUCGAGAAAUAGUGCAUCAAAAUGAAUUUAGUGAACUUGGACAAAUAUUUUGCGAAGUUAAAUUCGCGCCAUUUUCUUGUCCGCGUAAACGGAAAUCACACGCCCCUGAUGCAGAAGAAAGAGCAUUGUCAGCGGAUCUUAAAAAAGCUAUGGAACCAGUUAUAUGCAGACAUUUAUUCCCAAACUUUCAGUUGGAUAUAUUUGUCUACAUCCUAGAACACGACGGGGCCUGUCUAGCCGCAGCGAUAAACGCAGUAGGUCUAGCCCUAUCAGAUGCAGCUGUACCCAUGUAUGAUAUAAUAUCUGCAUGUUCUGUGGCCAUCAUCGGGGAACACAUAUUUGUAGAUCCAACGGAAGAAGAAGAGAAUUUAGCACUAAUGAGUCCAGAGACGGACACCAAUCAUGGAAUAGUUACUAUGUGUAUACUGCACAAUUUAAAACAAGUUUCUGAUUAUCGCCAAAUCGGUUCUAUGGAUGUCGAAUGUGUUACGAAAGUAAUGAGUAUUCUGGAAACAGAGUGUGAGAAGAUUAUUCCUGUUAUACAGAAAGUUGUUGUACUAAAUGUUGUUAAACAGUUUGAUCAGCACAAGAAAUUAGUUGAAGAGGCAAAGUUGCGAGAGGAGGCUUUAAACGCAAAGGUAGAGGAAUGGAAAAGCUUAUUAAAUGGCGGAUGAAAUAUGGU